GCCUCGAGCGGUGGCCGGGCCCAGGGGCUGCACCUGGGCCUCACGGAGCCGCGGCUGAUCGGGGUGCCGGGCAGCUGGAACGAGCAGCGCAUGGACCUCUACACCACUUCUCGGAGGGCUGGUACCAGAAGGCGUUCUUCCCGAAUUCCUCCUGGCGGGAUCGCCAGGUCUUCGUCUACUUUGGCAGCGUGUGCCAGAACGCGGAGGUCUGGCUGAAUGGCACUCGGCUGGGAGCUCACACCGGGCCGCACCUGCCCUUCGAGUUCGAGGUCACGGAUUGCCUGAGGUUCGGCGAGGAGAACGUGCUCGUGGUGCUCGCGGACGGCUCGCUGGACGUGGAGGCCCUGCCCCCCGCGUCGCAGUCCGAGGAGGACACCCGCGCCGGAUGGGGCAACGCGUUCCCUGACGUCGCGUACGACUUCUUCCCGUUCUCGGGCAUCCACCGCCCCGUGGUCUUGUAUUCCGGCCCCCGCAUCCUGGACCUGCACGUGACCACCGCGCAGCGCCCGGCCACCCAGAUCGGGGUCCCGAGGAGGCGGACGUCGCCGUGCGCGUGGAGCUCAGCGCGCCCGCGGCGGGCUCCCUGCGCCUCGAGGUGA